AUGUCCAACCGCUUGACUGACGCUGUACUCGCUACCCAAGGUGCCGCCGCCAUUGACGCUGAACUCGCUAUCCUGUCGGAGUUGUGGAACCGCUUCAAUUCGACUCACGAGAGGCUAUAUGAAGAUGUACCUGAGAUCAUUACCAACGAAUAUCAUACAGGUAACGCUUAUGAAACCGCUAACGUUGCUUAUACCUCUCUUAGAGUGAAACUCAGCGCUGCUAGACCCGCUCCAGAGCCUGCUCAUGAAGCCCAGCCUGCUAAUCACGAUCAGACCGCUUACUUUGGUGGAGUGCAUAAAUCUAACCUGCCGCAAAUUAAACUGCCAACCUUCCAAGGGUCGUAUGACGAGUGGGACUCGUUCAAGGACUUGUUCACGUCUCUCGUCAUUAAUGAAGAUUCGCUAACUGGGUCUCAGAAGAUGCAUUACCUGAAGACGCAGGUAAAAGGUGAGGCUGCUGCACUACUCGCUAAUCUCCAGAUCACAGAUGACGCUUUUUAA